AUGGCCAAAAGUCCAGUGGUCCCAGAAGUCCGAGCCACUCAUAAUGGGCACUCCUGCAGUACAUGGGGGAACUACCACUUCAAGACCUACGAUGGAGAGUACUUCCAGCUGCCCGUCACCUGUAACUACGUUUUAACUUCCAACUGUAAGGUCACUUAUGAAGAGUUCAGUGUCCAGUUGCAGCGAGAGGAAAUAGAUGAGAUUCCCACCAUUAAGAAGGUCACUAUAAAGCUGGACGGGUCCUUGGUGGAGUUAUUCAACUCUUCCAUCAGUGUCAACGAAAAACCGGUCACAAUACCAUUCAACCAAUUUGGCAUCACAGUUGAGAAGACAGUCUCCUAUGUGAAAAUCGAAGCAAAGAUUGGUUUGGUCAUCAUGUGGAAUGAAGAUGACUCCCUCUGGGUUGAGAUUGAUGACAAAUUCAAGAAUCAAACAUGUGGACUAUGUGGCGACUUCAAUGGAGUUCAGAGUUAUGAUGAAUUUAUCCAAAAUGGGGAUGAGAUAAUCAUUGAAGACUACAGGGAUAGUUGGAAAGUCAGUGACCAAAAUAAUGACUGUCAGGAGGACCCUCUGAUAAGCCAGCAGUGUAAAAAUCAGACAGACCUUUGCAAGCAGCUUCUGUCAGGACCUGCCUUCCACAGCUGUAAAGACCUGAUUGAUACUGACUCCUUUAUUAAAGCCUGUGAGAAGGAUCUGUGCAGCUGCAAAAGUAACAGUACAUCAUGCCUGUGUCCAACCAUGUCUGAAUACUCCCGUCAGUGCGCUCAUGCGGGUGGGAGUCCACAGAGCUGGAAGACUGCGCAAUUUUGUGCCAAAACCUGCCCUUUCAACAUGGAGUACAGGGAAUGCAGCACACCCUGUACUGACACCUGCAGCAACACCGAGAGAAGCCAGCUGUGUGAAGAGCAUUGCACAGAUGGCUGUUUUUGUCCAUCUGGAACUGUCUUUGAUGACAUCACACAGAGUGGGUGCAUUCCUGUUCACCAGUGCUCCUGCCUUCACAACAGGAAGUCGUACAAACCUGGGGAGUCAUUCUCACGGGCAUGUCAUAAAUGUACUUGUACCAAGGGUCAGUGGAGCUGUGAAAACAUAGACUGCCCGGCUACCUGCUCAGUAUUAGGUGGCUCUCAUUUCUCAACCUACGAUGACAAAACAUACAGCUUCCAUGGAGAAUGCACCUAUGUCCUUUCCAAGGAAGUCAAUGGGACUUUCACAGUUUUAGGUGACCUGAUCAAAUGUGGGAAAACGGAUAAGGAGUCUUGCCUGCAUGCUGUUACGCUUGUGUUGCCAAGACACCCGGUAAUCGUAGUUGAGGCCAGGGGAAAUGUCCUUUACGAUAAAAUGGUUUCCCAGUUGCCACUUUUCCGGGAUCACGUGACGAUCUUCAAACCUUCAACAUUCUACAUUGUCGUCCAUACGACAUAUGGACUUCAGCUCAAGAUACAACUGAUACCCAUAAUGCAGCUCUUCAUCACAGCUAGACCUUCAUUAAAAGGAAGGCUCCAUGGCCUUUGUGGGAACUAUAAUGACAUGGAAGCUGAUGACUUCAGAACAAUUAAUGGAUUGAUCGAUGGCACCGCUGUGACAUUUGCAAACACGUGGAAGACCAAAUCAAGCUGCCUUGAUAAAACCAAUGUGUUUGGGAACCCCUGUAGCCUGAGUGUGGAGAAAGAGAAAUAUGCAAAGCAUUGGUGUUCGCAGUUGUCUGAUCCUAAGGGUGUUUUCUCCCCAUGCCAUUCUGAGACAAGCCCAGAUUUCUAUGAAGCUUCCUGCAUCCAUGACACCUGUGUUUUUGACAAAAGUGAAGAGUACAUGUGCGCUGCAGUAGCCUCCUAUUUUCAUGCAUGCACUGCUGCAGGUGUCUCAUUGAAAGGAUGGAGAGACAAUAUUUGCAAGGGAUACAAAACCACCUGCCCUGGUAACUUGGUGUAUGGCUACAGUAUGACUAGUUGCGGUCGCACGUGUCGCUCUCUUAGUCUGCCUGACUUAACAUGCAAGGCUGAAUUUACCCCAGUUGACGGUUGUGGCUGUGCUGAAGGAACUUAUUUAAAUGAGAAGGAGCAGUGUGUGCCAGCCUCAAAGUGCCCCUGCUAUGAAGAGGACCUGAUAGUCCAUCCUGGACAGAACACCAGGCUCCAUGGAAGAACUUGCCACUGCAGAAAUGGAAGAUUAAGCUGCAUUGGAACAUCACUAUUAUUAUCCUCAGCAUGCUCUGCUCCAAUGGUUUACUUCAACUGCUCAAGUGCACAUUUUGAUGCCAAGGGCUCUGAUUGCCAAAGAACCUGCCAGACGCUGGACACAGAGUGUAUACGUGCACAGUGUAUCUCAGGUUGCAGAUGUCCUGCUGGCUUGCUGUCAGACGGUAAGGGAAACUGCAUCAAGGAGGAGCUCUGUCCUUGUUCAUACAAUGGAGUCUCCCAUCAGCCUGGAAAGACCAUCAAAGUGGACUGCAAUACAUGCACUUGCACAGGAAGAAGGUGGAACUGUACCGUUCGUGAAUGUGCUGGAACUUGCACUAUAUACGGAGAAGGACAUUACAUUACCUUUGAUGACAAGAGGUUCUCUUUUGAUGGUGAUUGUGGAUAUUUCUUCACUCAGGAUUACUGUUGGAACAAUACCAAGGGCAGCUUCAGGGUUCUCGCUGAGAAAAUUCCAUGUGGCGCUACAGAAAACACCUGCUCCACUGCUAUCAAGCUCUUCUUAGGGAACCAAGAAAUUGUUCUGGCAGAAGAAAACAUCAAGGUCAUCAAACAAACCAGUGGCGCAGAUGUGCUGUAUAAGGUCCACACUAUAGGUAUAUAUCUUGUUAUUGAAGCUGAAAAUGGUGUGAUUCUCAUCUGGGAUAGGAAGACAACGCUGAUGAUCAAACUAAGCGCUGCAUUCAAGGGAAAAGUCUGCGGGCUGUGUGGAAACUACGAUGGAAAUGCCAAGAAUGAUUUCACUGCCCGGAACAAAGAAGUAGUGGUUGAAGCCACUGAGUUUGGACACAGCUGGAGAGUGUCACCCAGUUGCCCUGAUCAUUAUUCUUCGAAAAACCCCUGCAGUGUAUACUCCCAUAGACAAGCAUGGGCACUAAAACAUUGCAGCAUUAUCAACAGUAAAGUAUUCGCUGCAUGCCGCUUACAGGUGGAGCCUCGAAACUACUAUGAUGCCUGUGUGAGUGACACGUGUGCCUGCGAUACUGGAGGGAACUGUGAGUGCUUCUGCUCUGCUGUAGCAGCCUAUGCAGCUGCCUGUAGUAAGGCUGGAGCGUGUGUGAAAUGGAGGACUCCCACAAUCUGCCCUCUAUUUUGUGAUUAUUACAACCCAGAAGGGGGAUGUGAAUGGCACUAUGAGCCUUGUGGAAAACCAUGUAGAAAGACUUGCAGGAAUCCCUCAGGGAUAUGCUCCAAUGAGAUUCCAGCACUAGAAGGAUGUUACCCAAGAUGCCCUCCAGAACAACCUUAUCUGGAAGAAACUGUCAUGAAGUGUGUGCCAGAAGAGGAAUGUGGUUGUUAUAAUGAUGAAGGAAAACAUUACAAGGAAGGAGAGAGCAUGCCAGCUGAAGAAAACUGUCAGAUGUGUAAAUGCUCAUCAACAAAAGCCAAGUGCAUCUACAGCGUACGUGAAUGUACUUGUAAAUACAAAGGACGGAUAUACCGACAUGAAGCUACAAUCUACCAAACACAUGACGGGGAUGGAUAUUGUAUGACUGCUAUUUGCAAAGAAAAUGGAACCAUUAUAAGGAUCACUGAACCUUGUCCCACAACAACAACUUCAACCCCAAGUUCAACACCAUUUUCAACUACAACAGUGUUUGUUUUUACAACAUCUGGAACUUCUACGGAGGAAAAGACAACACUGUCGACAGUUACAUCCCCUCAAACAAAAACCGCCACUUCUACUACUGUUAAUGUUACAAGUACUACAACUAGUAUUACAACAACAUCCACAGGUCCACCUGUCACAACAACUACAGAGAAAUCCACCCCUUCAACAACCACAGAGAAAACUACACCCAUUACAACAACCACUAAAGAGCCCGUUACAACCACACAUACCACAGGGAAGCCAAGUACUACAUCCACAAGUCCACCUGUCACAACAACAGAGAAGCCCAGCACUACAUCCCCAAGUCCUCCUGUCACAACAACGUCAGUAACAGAGAAGCCCAUGUCCACAACCACAGAAAAGUCCACAGCCAUAUCAACCACAAUGAUAACGACACCAACCACACUUUCUCCCUGCCCAGAGUCUUGUAAAUGGUCAGACUGGAUUAACAAUGAUUAUCCUGAUAAAAAAGGAGAUUUUGAAACCCUAGAUAAAAUUAAAGAACCUGACUUGAGUACUUGCACCAAACCUUUAGAAAUAGAGUGCAGAGCAGUCAAAUACAGAGAUCUAUCGCUGGCUGACGUAGGCCAAACUAAUGUUAAAUGUGACCCUAUGGUUGGACUGACUUGUUUCAACCGGGACCAAAGACUAUUUCCGUGUUACGAUUAUGAAAUACGAGUCAAAUGUUGCAUUUGCACAACCACUACAAGCACUGCAAAAACAACUACAGGAGAGCCCAUUACAACUACACCGCCCACAGAAGAGCCAAUCACAACGACAACAGCGAUAAUCUCAAGUGAAUCUACAGAGAAGCCCAGUACUACAGUCACAAGUCCACCUGUCACAACAACUACAGAGAAAUCCACCACUUCAACAACCACAGAGAAAACUACACCCAUUACAACAACCACUAAAGAGCCCGUUACAACCACACAUACCACAGGGAAGCCAAGUACUACAUCCACAAGUCCACCUGCCACAACAACAGAGAAGCCCAGCACUACAUCCCCAAGUCCUCCUGUCACAACAACGUCAGUAACAGAGAAGCCCAUUUCCACAACCACAGAAAAGUCCACAGCCAUAUCAACCACAAUGAUAACGACACCAACCACACUUUCUCCCUGCCCAGAGUCUUGUAAAUGGUCAGACUGGAUUAACAAUGAUUAUCCUGAUAAAAAAGGAGAUUUUGAAACCCUAGAUAAAAUUAAAGAACCUGACUUGAGUGCUUGCACCAAACCUUUAGAAAUAGAGUGCAGAGCAGUCAAAUACAGACAUCUAUCGCUGGCUGACGUAGGCCAAACUAAUGUUAAAUGUGACCCUAUGGUUGGACUGACUUGUUUCAACCGAGACCAAAGACUAUUUCCGUGUUACGAUUAUGAAAUACGAGUCAAAUGUUGCAUUUGCACAACCACUACAAGCACUGCAAAAACAACUACAGGAGAGCCCAUUACAACUACACCGCCCACAGAAGAGCCAAUCACAACGACAACAGCGAUAAUCUCAAGUGAAUCUACAGAGAAGCCCAGUACUACAGUCACAAGUCCACCUGUCACAACAACUACAGAGAAAUCCACCACUUCAACAACCACAGAGAAAACUACACCCAUUACAACAACCACUAAAGAGCCCGUUACAACCACACAUACCACAGGGAAGCCAAGUACUACAUCCACAAGUCCACCUGUCACAACAACAGAGAAGCCCAGCACUACAUCCCCAAGUCCUCCUGUCACAACAACGGAAGCCAAGUACUACAUCCACAAGUCCACCUGUCACAACAACAGAGAAGCCCAGCACUACAUCCCCAAGUCCUCCUGUCACAACAACGUCAGUAACAGAGAAGCCCAUUUCCACAACCACAGAAAAGUCCACAGCCAUAUCAACCACAAUGAUAACGACACCAACCACACUUUCUCCCUGCCCAGAGUCUUGGAAGCCAAGUACUACAUCCACAAGUCCACCUGUCACAACAACAGAGAAGCCCAGCACUACAUCCCCAAGUCCUCCUGUCACAACAACGUCAGUAACAGAGAAGCCCAUUUCCACAACCACAGAAAAGUCCACAGCCAUAUCAACCACAAUGAUAACGACACCAACCACACUUUCUCCCUGCCCAGAGUCUUGGAAGCCAAGUACUACAUCCACAAGUCCACCUGUCACAACAACAGAGAAGCCCAGCACUACAUCCCCAAGUCCUCCUGUCACAACAACGUCAGUAACAGAGAAGCCCAUUUCCACAACCACAGAAAAGUCCACAGCCAUAUCAACCACAAUGAUAACGACACCAACCACACUUUCUCCCUGCCCAGAGUCUUAGAAGCCAAGUACUACAUCCACAAGUCCACCUGUCACAACAACAGAGAAGCCCAGCACUACAUCCCCAAGUCCUCCUGUCACAACAACGUCAGUAACAGAGAAGCCCAUUUCCACAACCACAGAAAAGUCCACAGCCAUAUCAACCACAAUGAUAACGACACCAACCACACUUUCUCCCUGCCCAGAGUCUUCACUGCAAAAACAACUACAGGAGAGCCCAUUACAACUACACCGCCCACAGAAGAGCCAAUCACAACGACAACAGCGAUAAUCUCAAGUGAAUCUACAGAGAAGCCCAGUACUACAUCCACAACUCCGCCUGUCACAACAACUACAGAGAAGUCUACACCCAUUACAACAACCACGAAACAGCCUAUUACAACCACACAUACCACAGGGAAGCCAAGUAGUACAUCCACAAGUCCACUUGUCACAACAACAGAGAAGCCCAGUACUACAUCCACAAGUCCACCUGUCACAACCACAGAGAAGCCUGGCACUACGUCCACAAGUCCACCUGUCACAACCACAGAGAAGCCCAGUACUACAUCCACAAGUCCACCUGUCACAACAACAGAGAAGCCCAGUACUAUAUCCACAAGUCCACCUGUCACAAUUACAGAGAAAUCCACCACUUCAACAACCACAGAGAAAACCACACCCAUUACAACAACCACCAAAGAGCCUAUUACAACCACACAAACCACAGGGAAGCCAAGUACUACAUCCACAAGUCCACCUGUAACAACAACAGAGAAGCCCACUACUACAUCCACAAGUCUAGCAGUCACCACAACUACAGAGAAAUCCACCACUUCAACAACCACAGAGAAAACCACAACCAUUACAACCACUAAAGAGCCUAUUACAUCCACACAAACCACAGAGAAGCCCAGUACUACAUCCACAAGUCCACCUGUCACAACAACAGAGAAACCAAUCACCUCUCAAACCACAGAAAAGUCCACAGGAAAACAUACUACAACAAGCCAUGAAGUCAUCACAAAUACAGAAGUCACAAGUUCACGUGCAACACAAAAGCAGGUCAAUUCCACUUCAUCAAUGGCAUCUACAAUAUUAACCUCAUUUGAAUCAACAAGUUUUACUAAAACUCAACCACCAAUAACAUCAACACAUCCAGGCAGUACGACUUCCUGUUUCUGCAAGUACAUGGAUCAGUUUUACUCUCCUGGUUCUUUCAUCUACAAUCAGACUGAUGGAGAAGGCUGGUGUUUCACUUCCUAUUGCAAUUCAACAUGUGAUAUUGAAAAGCAUUCUAGGCCAUGUCAUGUUACUUCUCCACCAAUUACUUCUGCAACCACCACAAAUAAGAGCAGCACAACACAAAUGGGCUCAACAUCUACUAUGUCAACAACAACCAAAUCACGUGAAAACUGCAAGAAUCUCAAGCCACCAAGGAAGCACGGUCAAUCCUGGAAGCUGAACAAAUGUACUACUGAAACCUGUGACGAUGGCAAAGUAAUCAAAGAAUUUGUGAAAUGUGAAUCGGUGACCGAACCUGUCUGUGAAAAUCGGUACCCACCAGUUAGGGUGUAUGAUGAAACAGGCUGUUGUUUUCACUAUGAAUGUAAAUGUAUGUGCAUUGGUUGGGGAGACCCUCAUUAUGUGACAUUUGAUGGGAAAUAUUACAGUUUCCAGGAAAAUUGCACUUAUGUCCUGGUUAAGGAGAUAAUUCCUCAACAUAAUUUCAGUGUCCUUAUUGACAAUGAGAACUGUGAUGCCUCUGGAACCGUGACUUGCAGUCAUGCCUUGAUCGUAUACUACAAGGGCUAUGAAAUAAUUCUUUCACAGCAAAGAAUUCCAAAGACUGUGAAUACGGUGCACCUCAACGGCAAGCAGAUAUUCCCAACCUUCUCCAACAGAGACUUCAUUGUCACAAGUACUCGUAUUGAGUUGCUGUUGAAAAUCCCUGCCAUCAAGGCAACUGUGAUUUUCAGAGGGCUUCAGUUCAUGGUUGACCUUCCAUACUCCCUUUUCCAUAACAACACAGAAGGCCAGUGUGGUACUUGUGAUAAUAACCAAAGAAAUGACUGCAGAUUACGAAACGGCCUGAUCCAUCCCUCUUGCCUUGGCAUGGCACAGGAUUGGCGCAUACAAGAUAAGAACAAACCAUACUGUAAAAAUGUUCCACCAACCGUGCCUCCACCUCCAACUUUACGCCCUUGCAACUUCGAUAUUUGUGAAAUUAUUCUUAGCAAGGUUUUUGAAAAAUGCCACAAAGACUUCAAACCACAAAACUUUUAUGAGGCCUGCAAGUUCGACGUGUGUACCAUGACAAACACCACAAUCGGUUGCUCUAGUUUGGAAACGUAUGCCUUGAUGUGUGCCAGUGCUGCUGUCUGUGUAGACUGGAGGGCAUCAACAAACGGAUCAUGUGAGUUUGAAUGUCCAGAAACUCAAGUCUACAAGCCGUGUGGCCCAACUGUACAACCAACUUGUAAUGCAAGAUACAAUGAGAACUAUGUAAAAACAAGUUCGGAAGAAGAGAGCCAGCAGAACCCGGCAAGGGAUGAAUUUAUGGAGGGAUGUUUUUGCCCAAAGGGAACAGUCUUGUUCAGUUCAAGCUCUGACACCUGCGUUUCUACUUGUUGCACAGGACCCGAUGGCAAGCCCAAACAACUUGGUGACGUUUGGCAGAGUAACUGUCAGGAGUGUGUUUGUGAUGUGGACACAUGGAGUGUUCAGUGUAAGCCUAUCAAAUGCCCUGCACCAAAACCCAUUACCUGUGACAAGGAGGGGGAGGUGUUUGUGAAUUAUACAGAGAACUGUUGUGAGAAAUCAAAAUGUGAAUGCGAUAUAAAACGCUGCUUGGAGCAAACACACAAGUGCCCACUGGGAUUUGAGCUGAGCAUGACUACCUCAAACAAGUGCUGCCCAUCUUACACCUGCAAACCCAAAGGUGUCUGUGUCGCCAACGAUACUGAAUAUAAGCCGGGUGUGGAUGUUCCUACAAACUCCUGCGAAACAUGCCAUUGUAGUCGAACUCAAAAUUCCAGCAGCAAACUGAACAACAUCAAGUGUGAUCCUUUCACAUGUUCUACCGAAUGUCCUCAGGGCUUCGAGUAUAAAAUUCUCCCAGGACAAUGUUGUGGAGAAUGUAAAAGGACAAAGUGUGUUGUUGUUCUCGCAGACAACACAACCCGUAUCAUUGAGCCGCUACAAUCCUGGUCACCACCAGAUGACAACUGUACCAAGUAUGAAUGCAGGAAGGUGAAAGAGGAGGUUUCAGUCUUUGAAUCUAAAAUCCAGUGUCAGGAAUUUGAUCCAGAGAAUUGCGUUCCGGGAACUGAAAAAACUGAACGUAAUGGCUGUUGCAAAACCUGCACUCCUCGCUUCAGUUGUCAAAUAAGGAGGAACACCACCCACUUGCAGAUUAAGGACUGCACGUCUGUCGAACCAGUGGAACUUACAGAAUGUGAAGGAUCAUGUGGAUCAUCCUCAAUGUACUCUGCCGAGAAGAAAACCAUGAUGCACAAGUGCUCUUGCUGUCGGGAAAUGUCCACCAGUAAGAAGGAAGUGGAGAUGGUUUGCUCAAAUGGCAAGAAAGUAAUGCAGUCCUACGUUUCAGUUGACAAGUGUGGUUGCCGUGUCGCUGAAUGUGAGACCGGGGAGUAACUGAAAUGUGUUCAUAUUGCUAGCUUCUUGAAAGAACAAGUCUACCGACUCUACCAUUUUGAACUUAACAUUCCUGUGCCUGUGCAAUUCUGUUUAUUGUAGAAAUGAAGAAAAAAAGCAAGAAUAAUGAAAAAAAUUUUUUGAUUGUAAACACUGAAUAACGCCCUGUUAUAGCAGCCUGUGACGUUGCAUUGGUACGUAUUUGCUUUUGAAACAAGCGGGUUGUAGCCUUGAGAUCAGUGCUGUUGUCUAGCUAGCUAACUGACAGCUAGCCAACACUGCUACAGUGAUGUAGCAUCACCAAAAGGCGUGGUCCAAAGCUUUCUGAUUGAAUACCUCCGGCGUAGUCAGGCAUCCCCACAGACACAAUUGGCCGUGUCUGUGGGUGGGAAGUCAGAUGUGGGUAAAAGUGGGGUAAUUGGCCAAGUACAAGGUACAAUUGGGGACAAAAAGGGAAAAAUCCCUCCCAAAAAAAGCUUUCUGAUUUAAAUGUGGAAAGUGAAUUGAAAAUUUACAAAAUGCUGGUUUGGGUUUUUAUGACCAUAAGGUCUUCAUUUUAACAGAUGUCAUUAUUACUGAACAAGGGACCGUCCCUUCUGGAGGAUGUCCCUGGGAUCUCAGUUCCCUACAAAGCGUAAAUUUGUGACCCAGCCAUAUGUCUUGAUAAGCUUAUGGUAAGACUUGUUUAUUAUUCUACAAUGCAGAUUGAACUUUUUGAGAUUAUAUUUACAUUUUGCAUAACCGUUUUGAUAUCUUGGUGUUAUUUUGAAUAUUUUUUUCGCUUUAUUUUGCUUUUGCUUUGAAUGGAAAGGGGUGCGAAAAUGAAUUGAGGUACAUCUUAAUCAUAAUUUUAUUUGCUUUUUUUAGAUUUUGCAAUUGAUUGUGUAUUGAUUUAGAAAUAAACAUCAUCAUCAAUAUUGUAUUCUCUCCUAAUCAUGUGAAUACGGUCUAUAGGAAGAUCGUAUGCAGGUUAUCUGGUCUAUCUUUCAUUAUCUGUGGUGUAUUAAACUUGCCAUUUGUCCAAAUUAAUAUCAAUAAAAUUUUCAGACUUA